CAAAACGAGAGAAAAAAACACAUACACACAGAUAAAACAAAACUUUUUAGAAGUUGUGUGACCCAAUGUUAGAGGAGAUGAUGUUGCUCUUUUUUUUCCCCCUCCCCUCCCCCAUCUCCUCCUCUCUCCCCUGUCUCUCCGCCCUCCUGACUCUCCUUCCCCUUCCUUGUUAAAGUCUUUCUACCAACCAGCUUUGAGCAGCAACAGCAGCAGCACCAAGAGCAGCAUUUUGCCUGCAGGACCUGAUGCUCAUCCAUAUUAGACUGGCUUGAGCUGAGGAAUCCGGCCAGAUCAUCUCCUCCUAGAGCAAAGUUUAUUUUUAACUAGCAAAGCACCACCAGAUCCUGGAUGGUGCUGCUCUCAGCCCCGUGCGAGGAGGACUACCCAACUUUCUCAGCGGACAGGACAGCAGCUUGUCACUUUUUUGGGGGAAGACAGUAUGAGGUGAAGACAUCCUUUCUAAGAAACCUAAAGAGAUCCCUAUCGUGAGUUGGACAGAGAGCUGGCGUUCACCGAUGGAAAACCAGGCUGCAGUGUAUUGGUGCCCAGCUGGAGGAGGAAUUGAAGGGAUGCUGCCAGCUAGCUUUUCAACCGGGCCCUGCCAGAUCCAGCCUUUCCAGCAGCCAGGGAGCAGCCUGGUUGUUAAAGUUCUAGAGAGAGUUGCUGCUAACUCUACGUAUAGUGUUUCUGCCACCAUUAUGACAGAUAAAAGUAUUAGACAAGACGUUCAAACCACUACUGAGCACAUGGCCAAGGAUGGAGCGAAAGAAACAACAAGCGCAAAAGAUCACAUGAAACCGGGCAACCUGUUUAAUGGUUCAGAGGCAAAUGACUUAUCUUCUGUGAAUGCAAUGAUGUCAGCUGUGAUGAGCACAACAAAUCUUGCUGAAAAUGGUGCGAACCUCCAGAACACUAAAUCACCAGGAAAAUGUCCACCUCCGAAUCGGAUUGGUAGGAGAAAUCAGGAAUCAAAGGAGGAGAAGUCCUCAUAUAUAUGCCCCUUAUGUGAAAAGGUCUGCAAUUCACAGCACCAGCUUACUAUGCACAUCCGUCAGCACAAUACUGACACCGGAGGAACAGAUCAUAGUUGUAGCAUCUGUGGGAAAUCCCUGAGCUCUGCUAGCUCUCUUGACCGCCAUAUGCUUGUCCACUCUGGAGAGCGGCCUUACAAAUGUUCGAUGUGUGGGCAGUCCUUCACUACCAAUGGGAAUAUGCACAGGCACAUGAAGAUUCAUGAGAAGGACCCAAAUUCUGCAAUAACUACAAGCCCUCCUUCCCCACAUAAACGAAGGAGGCUGACAUCUAAAAGAAAACCAGGCCCUGAAGAGGAAACCGAGAAAGAACCGGCUCCUCCAGCAAAGAAGGUGGUUGAAGAAAUUCAGCAAGUUGAGCAAUUGAAAAAGACUGAGGAUGUCCUUCCCUGCCCUUUGUGCGCUAAAGAAUUUCCUUGCAAGUCUAGUCUGGAUACUCACAUGGAGACUCAUCCAGAAGCCUCUCUAAAGUGUGACAUUUGCUGCAUUUCAUUUCGUACCCACCGUGGUCUGCUAAGACAUAAUGCUGUAACCCACAAGCUGCUCCCCAGAGACCAGUCUGGAAAGCCAUUCAUUCAAAACAACCCUUCCAUCCCAGCUGGAUUUAAUGACUUGGGCUUUACUGACUUUUCUUGCAAUAAGUUUCCUAUCAUUUCUCAGGUCUGGUGUGAAACCAAUUUACGAAGAUGCAUCAGCGAAUUGCACAGUUUCAUAUGUGAAAUCUGCAACAAAGCGUUCCCGAUGCCAUCCGCUCUGAAACUGCACUUGGAAACCCAUAAGGGGGAUCAGGUUCACGGUCUGCACAAGAUUGAAACAUCGACUGGGGAGAAUCAAGAACAGAAAGCUUUUAUGGCAGCCUUGGGCCUGCAGUACACCAAAGACAUCAAGCCUGUCAGUCAAGGGGAUAAUUCAUCAGACUGUUUCCAGGCCAUACACAUAGAAGCUAUGAAGAGCAACCUACCUCACGAGCUUGGUAGCAACACAACUAUGCUAAAGUUGUCUCCUUUAGAAGCACCCCCUGUUGUUGGUCCUUUCUCAGUCCUACCCUCAGCGAAAGAAAACAUGAAAUUGCUUUCCUUGCAGCCUUUCCAAAAAGGCUUUACUGUACAACCAGACAAUAGCAUUGUGGUAAAACCUAUCUCUGGAGAGUUGGCUGAUAUUCAGCAGAUAUUAAAGAUGGCUACUUCAGCACCAUCUCAGAUUAGUCUUCCACCAUUGUCUAAAAUGUCUCCUGCCAUUAUUAAACAUAUGCCGCCAUUAAAGCCAAAGCCACCAGUGACUCCUCGUACAGUUGUUGCUGCCUCUACUCCCCAAUCUCAUGCUACCAAUCAGCAGACUUCCCCAGGCUGCAUCAGCCCUAGCCUUCCUCCCCCACCUUUACGGAUUAUAAAGAACACUGUGGAAUCUGCCACAAGCGCUAUAUAUUUACAAUCCAGGUCCGGAGCCAACUCCAGCUCCUCUACACAGAACGCCCAAGUACCAAACUCUGAAUUCUUGAAACCACGAGAUCUAAAGACACAGCUAGAACAGGACAGUAUUAUAGAAGCCUUUAUGCCUUUAGACCUGGAGGUAAAGAUCAAACAAGAAGUAGCUGAAGGGGAUUUGAAAUCAAUUAUUUCUGGAUCAAAUGGCAAAAAAACAAACCAAGCCAAAAAAGUGUUUUAUCCUUGCCGCUUCUGUGAUCAGGUAUUUACAUUCUCUGGUGUAUUGCGGGCCCACAUACGCACUCAUUUGGGCAUAUCACCUUACCAGUGUAACAUAUGUGAUUAUAUUGCGGCUGACAAAGCAGCUCUAAUACGGCACCUGCGAACACACAGUGGUGAAAGACCGUACAUAUGUAAAAUAUGCCAGUACCCUUUCACUGUUAAAGCUAACUGUGAGAGACACCUACGUAAGAAGCAUCUAAAGGUCACCAGGAAGGAUAUAGAAAAGAACAUUGACUAUGUAUCCACAAAUACAUCUGAAAUGGUGGAUGCCCUCUGUUCCCCUGACACAGUUUGCAAAUGCUGCGGGGAAGACUUGAAGAGUUAUCGUGCUCUUCAUAUACAUAUGAGGAGCCACAGCAACUUUCAGAAAAAGAAACUUUUUGAAUGCAAAGAGUGUGGCACAGCCUUUUCUGCCAAAAGAAACUGCAUUCACCACAUACUCAAGCAACACCAGCAUUUGCAAGAAAAAGAAAUAGAGAAUCACAUCUUGAGUUCCUGUAGCCCAGAGCAAAGAAGAGUAGACACUCCACCAUUGGAGGAUAGCACUUACCUCGAACGUAAACCUACCACAUCUUACUUAGAACCACAGAAUGGAUUUCAUCAUGGGGGAGUUUCUUUUCCUCUAAAACUUGAACCUGCUUCCAGCUUUCCUGUGGACCUUGAUGAACCCUUAGACUUUUCUCAAAAGAACAAAAACCCAUGUGUGUUUCCAGUAAAGGAGGAGCCUGUCUUCACUUCCCUUGCCUCUUUUGAUUCAUCCAUGGAACCCAUUGAUCUCUCUAUACCCAAAUAUGCUAAGCAGGACAAAGAGAACCCACCAAUUCAACCAAACACUCAAGAGCAAAUAUGUGGCCCUAUCAGUCAACUCUUUAGCUGUCAGCCCUACCAACUUCCCCUAAGUGCCAAUGAGCUCCUAGAAAAAGCUGCGGCUAUCACACAUUCCAAACCAGUGAAAAACCCUGUACACUUGACUGUUCCAAUAAUUUCUCCUGCCGUUCUUGGAAGUGCAACUAUUCUCCGCCCUUUGAGGCCUAAACCACCUCCACUCUUGCCAAAGCCACCAGUCACUAAAGAGUUGCCACCACUGGCUUCCAUUGCACAGAUCAUUUCUUCAGUAUCCUCUGCUCCAGCUUUGUUAAAAACUGAUGUAACAACGCCUAGCUCUCAAGUUGCUGCCAACAAUUCAUCAACCCCUGAGAAAUCUGGCACUUCCAAAUCACAGAUGACAAUCCAGAAUAAGGAACCUGCCCCUCCCAGUGAUGCAUCCCAUAAUGUUACAAACUUGACAAGCCUAUCAGACCUCUCCAAUCCUGCUGCUACAGUGAUAGGAGCAAAGAAAAGGGGCAGAAAGAAGGGAACUAAAAAUAAGCCCAAGGUAGCAAUGGGUGUAGACCUUGAAUCAAGUGGUGAAUUUGCAAGUGUAGAGAAGAUGUUGGCCACAACGGACACGAAUAAGUUCAGUCCAUAUCUGCAAUCCACAGAACAUCUUAAAGAGGCUGUAGACAAAAAUGGUACAAGCGAUGAUGAAAGAGACAGCAGUGAAGAUAAAAAAACAAAAAGAAAUUCCUACUCAAAUUCCUUGCAGAAGAUAACCUGUCCUUACUGUCCCCGUGUUUUUCCCUGGGCAAGCUCCUUACAAAGACACAUGUUGACUCACACAGGUCAGAAGCCCUACCCGUGUGCACAGUGCGAUGCCUUCUUUUCUACUAAAUCGAACUGUGAGCGCCAUCUUUUACGCAAACAUGGAGUUGCCAACCUCUCCUUAAGAAGAAACGGUCUUAUGGCCCAGUCUAAAGAAAGUGAUGUUGGAUCUCAUGAUAGCACAGACAGUCAGUCUGAUGCAGACUUGUCAUCUGCAGAAGUUGAUGUCCUAGACCUGACUUCUGGGGAAAGGGAGAAAGCGGAGCAGGUUCCACUGACAGUCAGCAAGCAGGUAUCCACCAACAAGGAAGCUGCCGAUCUGACCGUUUACCCAGAGAAGUCUAAGCAGGAUGAAGAGGAACAGUUGGAGGAUGAUGCUGUGAGCAACAAAAGCCUAGACCUUAAUUUUGCGAGCAAGCUCAUUGAGUUUAAGCUGUCGCCGAGUGAGCAGGCUACCAACAACUCUUGUGAUGUCUGUGGGAAAAACUUUAAGUUUGCUGCCACUCUAGGCAGACAUAAGAGGGCACACUCGUGUGUAAGCAAGGGACAAGAGAAAAAUGCUGAACAUAAAUUCAAUGACUUAUCAACCCACAUAUUCAAUUCUACACCUGUAAAUACUGAUGAGCAAGAAAGUCAAGAUGAAGAGCUCCCUGUUGACUUAAAAGUUUCUAAGUCUACUGUGGCGACUGAACCAUUAGGACAGAAGCAAACAGAGAGUGAAGACAUUUUGGAAGACAAGUUAGAAAAGCCAUUGGAUAAAAGUGAUGAUGACAAGGACAACAAGCCUGAGACAAAGGGGACAAAGGCAGACAAACGAAAGAAGAUCUGCACAGUCUGUAGUAAACGUUUCUGGUCCCUUCAGGAUCUCACAAGACACAUGAGAUCUCACACAGGUGAGCGACCCUACAAAUGUCAGACAUGUGAACGCACUUUUACUCUCAAGCACAGUCUUGUUCGUCACCAGCGAAUCCACCAGAAAAUAAGAGAUACUAAAAGCCAAGGGAAGGAGAGCGACAAAGAGGAACAGCUGCCAAGAGGAGAUGAUGAAAGUGAUGCAGAAUCCAUGCAGAGCAGCACACAGCACAUAUCGGAAAAUGAAUGCGAUACACCAAUCUUUAGCAGCCUUGCUGUGACUAGGAGCAAAAAAAGCCAAUCCCCCAGUGCGGAUGCUGAAGAAUCAUCACAAAACAAUGGAGCUGCAUCUAAAGAUGGCCACAAAGAUCCAGGCAGCCAUAAGCCGGCUGAGGCCAAAACUGUAGAGGGUGGUAACAAAGAGCCUGAAAAGGCUACUAUACAGCUUCUAACCUCAGAGGGAUCCCUGCCUGUUGGAGGACCUAAAUGAGCCAAGAACAGGAGGUGCCCUUCCUGAUAAGACAGAAUCAUACUUACACUUGAUCUUUUCAUUAGAAUUUUCUACAGGAGAUUAUGGCAGGCCAUACCAUGUGCCAUAACCUUUGUUUAAAUCCGAAAACGUUAUAUGGGAUGUUGAGUGCCUUACUACUUUGUGUUUUUGGUAUUACACUUUUUCAAUAUUCAGUUUUGUAAGUAAAAGAGGAUACUCCUUUGACAGAUGGUCAAAGAGGACAUUUCCCACUAAAGCAUUAAACAUUUUUGUGUCUACAUCAAUCACUGUCUUUCCAGAGGUGGACAUUUUCAGGUUGUGGAGAAAGCAAUAUGUUACUGCAGCCAAUAACUGGAAGGAAGUCAAUGGACAAGCAGAAAUGGUUUUAUACCAGACCUCCUGACCUCUGCUAGUUUUCAACAUUUCUCAGCUUUGAAUUUGCUGUGGACCUGUCAUUUUACAAGUGCUGGAUGAAUUUGUUCACAAAAUGUAUGGCGUAUGCCAUAAGCCAGGAAAAAAAAAUAGCAAUUCUGAACUUUACAACCUGAUCCUGCACAUAACGUAUCUGUAUGGUGUUAUUAUUGAGUAGUUGUUCUACCUCCGAAAAACACACACACAGAGGAUUAAGCAGAUACAUUACCACCAAUGGAACUCUCUGCCCACCUAUGUCUCGAUUUACGUUUGCUUGAAUUCAACAGCUUACUGGUUUCUGCAUUUUGCAGAACUGUUUGGGCAAUAUUUGCCUUUAAAAAAUUUACCAAGUAACUUUUGAGUCCUGGUAAUAAUAAAUAUGUAUAAAUAUAAACUUUUUGCUUUCUUCGAAUGCUAGCCUUCAGCCGUUCUCUUGCAUUACACCAUUCCAACCCUGUUCUCAGUGAAAACAGAGGCUUGUGCACAAUAAGGUAAAUGCGGACUUUCAUGUGUCCUGCCCAUGAGGUUGGCGGAGGACAGAGGUGGACUGAGGAAAGAAGCAGAGUGAUGUCUUCCAGUAUAAGAUGCCUUACCUUUCAAGUUUUGACCUUUGUCUUUAGGCAGGAUUGUACUACUGGCGAAAUGAAAGCUAGAAGGAGGAGCUAGAUUUUGGCGCUUGAAGAUGAGCCUGUAUACGAAUUGUGUGAGUGUGAAUGUAUGUAUGUGUGUGUAUGUGUGUAUAUAUAUAUAUAUAUAUAUAUAUAUAUAUGUGCAUGUUUGGCAUGUAUGUGUGUAUAUGUAUAGGUAUCAUAUAUCUACACACUUUGAUACAAAUAUGAAUGGGCUGUUUGUCAUAUAUAUAUAUAUAUAUUAUGUACUCUACUGUAACUGUGCAAUUUUGCCCCCUCGGUUUUGUGACCUCUAGGACUUAAAACAUUUUGCUUGUGUUAUUAAAGGCUAUAUGCCUCCCUUUAUACCGAUCAUACAUGUAUAUCAAAGACCUUGAUUUGUCGCAGGUUGUCUGUAUCAUGAAGACCGGGAUUACAUUAGGUUCUGUUCUGGCCACUAGCGCAUUGCGUAGUUGCAUUUCCAAAGAGCAGUAUUUGACCUUGAUCUUAAACAUUUCACAUCAUCUUCUAAAAUGACUUAGGAUUUUUAUGCAUUUGGGUUAGUGUAGAAUUCCUUAUCCAGACCCUGCAGCCAUUGAUAAUGUGAUUUGAGUUGUAGGGAGAAGCUUCUUAUUGUAACUCCUCAAUUGUCAAACUUUAAACUCAGGAGUCUCAGCAGAGGUCAAAUCCGAGAGGGAUCAUUCAGUGCUACACUGUCACAGUAUCUGUGCAAUGCCAGACAAUCGAAUGAAUGACCAAGAUAACAGAGCAGCAGCUAAAGCGACGCCUUUCUAAAAAAUAAAAAAAAUUAUAAAAAAAAAAACUAUUACAUUAUAUGGAAACUAAUAUAUUUCUAUAUGGGAUGAGCAGAUGUAUAGACGCGCGACUAGUUCUGGAGAAUGGUAAAUCAAAAGCAAUGAUUCCUUCUUAUUUUUUACCAAGUGUUCUUCUUAAUCAGAAUCCAUCAAAGUACAAGCCUGUAUUUUAAUCCUUUUCUUUUAAUUUGUCUCCAGACCUUUUGAUGUUACAUGUUUUACUGUAAAGUGAUGUAUCAAACCUGAUCAGAACAGUGGGACAUUUGUUAGCAAUAAUGAAAAUGGAAUGAAAGCUUUAUUUAAUGUAUGUAUACCCUGAUAGAUAAGUUCUUUAUCAUAUUUUUUGUUCUAAAUACAAAUAUAUCAUAAAUGAGUUUAAUAUGAGUUGUUCCCAAACUAUUGUGUCUUUUGGAUAUUAAACUGUGAAGUAUAUGCCAUGAUUGAUUUCUGGGUGAAUCGUAGAUAUGUAGUUUGCAUGUUCAGCUAAUUUUGUCAUUUUAUUUUUUAUUUUUUCCUCUCUCUUUAUUUCCUCUCAGGGCUUUGCAGAUUGAUUUCUAUGAAUUAUUUUAUUUUGUCAUUUCUACGUUUUUAGAUUAACUGCUCAUGAAAUCACUACAAUAAGCACUUGACUGUGAAUGCAAUAAAAGCCCCGGCACAUAGUAGAGCUGGGGCUACAGAACAGUCACAAUUCCAGUAUCCCAAUGAUUUUUCUUCCUGUCCUUUGACUGUACGAACAACAUUAGCUACUGCAUCCCAUUGUAAGGGGAAGCUAUGGUGAAAAUGUCAAAUUUCAUAUUUUUUCUAAAGGGAACUUCAACUGCUGCUAUGCAUGUACAAGACUGGUCUAUGCCACAUGAACAGAGAAUCAUUUUUGUUUUGGUACUUGUUUUCCUCCUUUUUAUUUAGCUGUACAGUACUUCCAAAUUCAGAGUGAAAUGCUGUUCUGUAUGAAACAAU